GCCGCCGAGCAAAACACAGCCUGCACAGCCUUGCUGCAUGCUAACGCGGCGGCAAAUAGGCCGCACACUGCCGCAUUCAGUUGCUGAAAGCUUCCGGUGCUGUCUCGACGCGUAUCAGUGCUGUCUCCGCGAGUUGCUCUCUUGCAGCAGCUCUAGCGGUGCUCUGUUGCAGUGGCCGAGCGGUGCGUUACUCCAGGCAGCUCGCGCACGAGCCCUGCGACGCGCACAAGCCGUGAUGGGUAAAAAACGGCGAGCCUUCGACGACGACGACGAGUCCGAGGAGGAUGAGAUCUCGCGGCACGCGGAGGCGGCCUGGCUCGCGCGGCGCCGCGCGCAGCAGCCGCUGGCGGCCGCGCCGCCGCCGCCGCCGCCGCCGCCUCGAGGUCCUGGGCACCGGACGCAGGGCAAGGGCAAGCCGCCGAAGAAGAAGCGCAAGAAGCCGGCACCGCCGCCGCCCGCCGAGACCACUGAGCCGGAAGCCCAGCCGAAGCGGAGCAAGAGCGCGCGCAAGCGCGCCGCGGCCGCCGCCGCGCGCGAGCGCAAGGCCAAGGCCGUCAAGGCCGAGAAGAAGGCGAAGCGAAAAGAACGGUGGCGCCAGGAGGGCAUCAAGAACAAAAAAGCCGCGGGAGGUCGAGUCCAGCGCCAGAGCGAGAAGCACGGCGAGAGCCGCUGGGGCAAGAAGGACGGCGAGGACGCUCCGAAGCCGUCCGCGAAGCCGGGGGGUCCUAAGAAGCCGUAG